GGUUUUGUUUUUGAUUUGUGACAACUGACGCGCGUGGAUACAUGCUCUAAUUUUGGAAGCUGAAUAUUUUUCCUUGCGAUAACAAACACGUUAUGUUAAUCUACUAACGUCCAACGAAACUGUACAGUUGGAGGUAAUUUGCAACUAGAAAAAUAAACAUGGCCUGCUGGAGGCACAUUGUGAUGUUAUUGUUCUGGUUUAUUUGUUUAUUUUCACAUGCAAAUUCUUUACCUUACGUCGUUCACUAUCUUAGCGGACCUGCAAGUAUAGAGCGAGAUGUGCCAACAGCGUCAGCAAAACAGACUCUUGACAUCUAUUGCUACACAGGCACAUCUAAAAGCUUGUUUACUUUGUGGCAAACAGUCAAGUUUCAUAUAAAAUUAAAGAAUGACGAAUUCAGAUAUUACAUGGGGAAAGAUGCAGAGGAAGUAUAUCAAGCCUACACAGAAGACAGUUACGGAUGGUCAGUGGUCAAUCCGUUUCAGAAGAAAGCACAAAAGACCAUGACACUUGGUCUGUAUGAUCAGACAUGCAUUGCAUUGAAUACAAAGGAACGACACACUAUUGAUUUGCUCGUGCAACGAGUGGACCUCUGGCGUGUGCUGCUCAUGUGUUUGGGUAUUGGACUGAUAUUUGCAUCUAAAUCUUUGAGCGGUAACCCUGUGUUCUUUUACUUCUGCGGAAUAUUUGUUGGAGUUUUUGCCUCCUUUAUGAUUCUGGUGUACUAUGUCAGUAAGCUUCUCCCAAAGAAAACCCUCACCUAUGGUAUACUGAUCGGUGGCUGGACGGUUGGUGUGUAUAUAUUCCAGCAGAUAUGGGAGAACAUACGCAGCCUGAUGGUUUCCUACCAGACAUACAUGUUCUGGUACACACUGAUAGUAAGCUUCGUCAGCUUUGUGGUGUGCUACAGGAUUGGUCCGCCCAGGAACCAGCGUAGCAAGAACCUUGUCAUGUGGACUUUGCAGAUGGUUGGUGUACUGAUGAUACUCUUCAGCAGCGAGUACCAGGAGGCGGCCGCGGCAAUCAUCAUCACCACCCUCGUUGCCAAGUACUUCCCGGAAUCUUUGCAGUACAAAAUACUUGGAUACUGGCGUCGCAAGUUCCCGCCCAAGCAACGCUUUUUAACCAAUGAAGAAUAUUAUGAAGAAGGAGCCAGAGAGACGAAGAAGGCUUUGGAGAAUCUGCGGAAGUAUUGCUCCAGCCCCGACUGCGCGCAAUGGAGUAUCAUGCUCAAACUGCAUGACUCCAAGAGGGUUGUACAAGAAGAUAGUGUUUGGACACCGCGAAGAAGAUUACGUAGGGAAGAACCCGGCACUAGCCGGGAUAGCGGCAGGUUUGCAAGCUUCGUAGAAGGUAACUCUCAUCUCAGCGAUGACGAAGUGAUGGACUACGAGGCAUAUGCGUUCUCUAUGGAGCGUAAUCAGAAACCGCAGCCCAUAGCCAACUCCACCAGGGUCUUGGAGAUAUCAGACGAUGAUGACAGUGAUGAUGAUGAUUGAGCUAUCUUGGUUGAUGAUGUAACGAUUGGCUCAUGUCCUGCAAGAUUUGAAAGUGUGCAGAAUUGUUGUGAAUAACGGAUUACCUCUAAGUAUGAGUUCUAUGACUUUUGAGGCUUUCCAUUUGAGCUUAAUAAACAUGUAAAAGUUCAAUUACGUCUAUUCUAGACCUUAUGAUAGUGCAGUAAUGUGGAAAUUGUAUCAACCAAUAACAUAAUUUAAAGUGAAAUGUGUGUUGGCAUAUUAGAUAUACAACACACAUUCAUUUAAUAAUUGGGUGUGGUGUACGUCAUUCUGAGGUAACCUAUGGUGUAAUGUGUGAUUUUUUAUUUAGAUCUAUUGAAUUGUAAGGCUACACUUGUGUGUAAGUGUUUUUGUAUAAUAAACAAAAUUAAGACAUUUUUAACAAAAAGGCUAAUUGAACUCUUAGGUUAUAUUCUAAAAAGUUUUCUAUUUUGUUGCUAAUAUUAAGCAAUUUAAAACAAUAAUUUACAUUUAACAUAAUUACGUGAUUCUUAAUUUUUUACUGUGUUUCUAAAUAUCUUACUGAGGUUGUUGAAUACCAUGUCCUCUAUACUAAUAUCAGAUAACCUUGUGUAAAAUUUAAGCUCACUUAAGUUUUUUAAUUUAUUUAUUCACUAUGUAAAAUUAGUGGAGGGACCUUUAAACAGGGUAUUCAGUAUUCGAUUAUUGUUUCUAAUAUAUUAUAUAAAAUAUGACCUUUUAUUUAGGGAAUUAAAACACCUGUGUAUUUUUGCUUAUGCCAAGUUUGAAGUGUGAAGAAAAAACAGAUUAUACUUAAAAGUAAUAUUCAUAGGCAGUGACAAAUAAGAUAGGUCAAACCACACAUUGGAAAUCUUUAUACGAUUUUUUUUGCGAUUUACUCUGCCAUUUUCAUAAUUUUUUUGCAUAUAUUUUUACUACAUACAUGUACGCAUGAACUGGUGUGUGUUUACUUAGAUCCCUUGACUAAAAAUACAUACUGUGUUACUGAAGUCUAUUUCAAACUUUGCUUAUCUUAAGAUGACUCAACGCUCCACAUCAAAUUAAAAUGUUGACCAACAUUGAGUAAAUUUCUGAGGUUUGUACUCUCAAUGAUCAAAAUAAGAUAAGCAAGUCGUUGACAAAUAGCAACAGUUUGUUCAUUUAUUUUUAGCCUUUCAGUCUCGAACAAUGGUCUGUUGUAAAAUUAAGAUGUUUAGCUUUCGAUUUUGAUAAAAUAUAUUGAUCUCUAAUAUAGUUUUAAUACGGAUGUUUAAAAAUAUUAUUAAAUAACAAUAAACUAACAUACAAAAUAAAAAGAUAUGCUCAGAAUAAGGAAAAAAUAAGUUUCCAAUAAAAAAGAUUUUCUGUCAAUUGUUUGAUAUUUUUAUGUAAGUCAUGAAUAUAACGAAAAGGUAUUAAACGACGACUACUAAUUAGAAUGGAUAAAGUAUUUUAAAUUAAGUAGUUUUGAAAACCUUGAAGUGUGAAGAUAUCCUGUUACAAAACGGUGCCUUAACUUAAAAAAAAUGUUAAUUGUAGCGAAGUUGAGUUGUCCCUAUUUUUUAAAUUAUCCAGUCUCAUUUGUAACUCUACAAAGGAACUUAAAAUGACCUGUAGUCUUCUCAUUGUAGUUACUUAAUGCUGAGAGUUUCUUAAAAUCAACUUCAAUGUAUAAACGAGGGGACUGAAUAGUUAGGUAUUUUAAAUGAAAUAAAUAUUGUUAGUAAUAAUUUAAUUGCGUUAAAAUGUUUUUUGUACGUUAACAAACAUUACAACAUUUAAUUAUAGCACCAAAUGCAUCUAAAUCAAUUCUCUGAUGUAAGGCAUAGAAUUUUUGUCAGAAAGUAAAGAUAACCACAAAUAUUUAUUUUAUAGUUUGUUGUGUCAUGUUGAAAUUCAUUUGAAAAUAAAUUAAUUUAAUUGGCAGUAAUCGCGUCCAUGUAUUGACAAUAUUUGAUACCUAUGUUAUGGUAUUGCUUAAUAUAAAAAUAUAUCCUACAAA